GAAAACUCCUCUCGAUACCAACUCCACUAACCCCACCAAGCCCAUCCACCACAGCCACUUUCCGUCGUGGACUUUCAGUGUUUUCGAACGCACCCAUGGAAGCAUCUAGCUGUGCAAUGGCGUAGGGCCACUUAAGUCAAGGUGUGCUCAGCCAACAAUUGAAGUCUGAAGUCUUGGUCCAUUACAGAAUAUGCCGGAUAUAUUGCAUUUGCGACGAUUAUAUGACGUAACGCGACCGAACGAAGGCGAAUUUUUGUUGAUUCGCGCAAGUGGUUCCGAAAAUGGUGUUUGAUAUCAUGAGAUAAAAUAUGACAAAUAUUCGAAAAGUGAGAAGGAUUAACCUAGUGUGAGAAACUCAAAGUGUGUGCAAACUUAUGUAAAGUGCGGAUUUUCAAUAAUCUCCGAGAAUACAUCAAUAUAUAACACGAUAAUUCUUAUCAUAUCAUAUUGUUGAUAUUUCUGUAUCGUUACAUUUUACGAAUGAAUGUGGUGAUUACAUCGUGGAUAUCACAAUUGCAUUUGCAAAUUUGUGGUUGCUUCAAUAAAUUUUACUAAUUGAUAAAUUUAUUUACAUAGAAAUUUGCUGAUGAGAGAUGAAUGCAGACAAAUCCAUUAUUCCUGCAAGAUUCUCGUGGUUGGAGGUGGUACUGCUGGUUGCACAAUGGCUGCUAAGCUAUCCAGGAAGUUAAAUGAUCCGAAUCAAGUUAUUGUAUUGGAACCCAGUGAUAUCCACUAUUAUCAGCCCUUAUUUACUUUAAUUGGUGGUGGUAUUAGUUCUUUCAAGACAGCAAGAAGAAACAUGAAGGAUGUUUUGCCAAAAAACGCAAAAUGGGUGAAAGAUUCUGUCAUUGGUUUUCAGCCGAAUGUUAAUAAAGUUUUAACACAUAAUGGAGAUACUAUAGAAUAUGACAUGAUGGUUGUUGCAUUGGGUUUGCAACUGUAUUGGGAUAAAAUUCCGGGUUUGAUAGAGAGCUUGCGUGACCCUAACAUGCAAGUCUGCUCUAUUUAUGGACCCGACACCGUUACCCAAGUAUACGAUAGAAUCAAGAAAAUGAAAUCAGGAACGGCGAUUUUCACAUUUCCAAAUUCGCCGGUGAAAUGCCCAGGUGCGCCUCAAAAGAUUGCAUACAUCGCCGAAGAUUAUUUUCGUAAACAUAAGGUACGAGAUGAUAUCAACGUCAUAUAUAAUACCGCGUUGCCAGUUAUUUUCGGUGUUAAAAAAUAUGCCGAUUCCCUUUGGGCUGUUUGUACGGAGAGAGAUAUUACCGUCAACCUUCAGACAAGCUUGCUGAAAAUAGAUCCGGAUAAGCGGCAGGCCACGUUUGAGAAAUUGAACUCGCCAGGAGAAAUAUCAGUUCAAGAGUACUCAUUACUUCACGUAACGCCUCCAAUGGGACCUGUCGCGGUCUUGAAAGAACACCCGAUGCUAACUAAUGAAGCUGGAUUUCUCUGCGUCGAUCCUAAAACGCUGCGGCAUACAAAAUACCCGAAUAUAUUUGGAUUAGGCGACUGCACGAGUACCCCGAAUUCGAAAACGAUGGCUGCGAUAGCCGCGCAAGGAAAAGUCCUAUAUCAAAAUAUGCUGGACGAUUUGGCUGGUAAACCGACAAGCAUGGUUUACGACGGUUACGCAUCGUGUCCGCUGGUUACUGGCUACGACAAAUGUAUCUUAGCCGAGUUCGACUACAAUUUGCAGCCGUUGGAAACCUUCCCCGUAAAUCAAGGCAAAGAAUAUUACUUUAUGUUUCUACUGAAGAAAUAUUUCUUCCCGUUUAUAUAUUGGCAUCUGAUGUUAAGAGGUUACUGGAAUGGACCAGAAUUCUUCCGCAAAUUCUCAAAGAUAUUCAAGAAGAACUAAUGCAUGAAACAGAAGGAAGGCGAAGAGAGAGAUGUUUGGGGCCAAUUUUAUAACUGAAUAAAAUUAUAUUGUUACAGGUCUAAUUAUUUUAUAUACAUUAUAUGUGUAUAUUAUUAAUUAAUUAUUAUAUAUGUACAUAUGUAAAUGUUAUUUAUUUUAAUAAUAUAUAUAUAUAUAAAUAACCAUGUGAUAUGUACAAAGAAUGAAUAAAAACUACAUAUUUACUAUAUGA